AUGCCCCGUGUGCAUAGAGCCUAAAUAGUUCAUGCUAUAUUGAUUUUAUUGGUCACUAAUCAUUUCUCCUCAAUAAGUUGAAAAGUCUCAUAUAGAAUGACAUUCUGAUAAAAGCAGGGGCGGACUGACAACUCAUGGGUCCCCCGGGGGAUCAUGGGGCCCCUGUGUCCUUGCCCAAACUCAAAAAAGCCUAUGAAAAAGGUACCAGGGGCAUCUCAUGGGGCCCCCUACUGACCCCGGGCCCUCGGGCAGUGCCCGAGUUUCCAAAUGGUCAGUCCACCCCUGGAUAAAAG